AUUGCGUCAGGGUUCGUAGUAAAAGGCAACAAUAUUAUAUGUUGUUAAUAAUAAAACAAUCAUACAUGUAUAUAAAGCGACUGUAAGACAGGAGAUAGUGAGGACCUCUGUAAGUCAGACAAGAGAUAGUGAGGAACUCUGUCUUUGAUUGUGAGGUUUUCUGAUCAUUACUUAAUUGGAUCUGUGCUAAUAAUUGUGUUGGCUCGCUUACUGACAAAAUGAAAGUCGUCACUAUAUUUAUUCGCUGUUUUCUGUACAUUAUUUUGUGUACUUUGUCAAAAGCAGAUGUAAAAACCCAACGCUACACGAUGGACACUUCACUUGACAAUAAAGUGUCGAAUGUCAGCCUCAUGGCAAUACAUCAUUCGGAAUCUCUCACUGGAUGUUCCGCUAUGUGUGGUGGACUUUGUGCUUUUUUUGGCUUCAAUCCACAGCUAAAGAUCUGCCGUAUCCAUCAGUCAUGUGACCCAUCAGCCAUGACCAUUAAUGAAACAGGAUGGAGGAACUUUUUCCCUGACGGGUGUAAUAAUGUUCUGAAAACAAGCUGCAUGGAAAUUUUACAAAGUGACCCAACCGUGAAAGGAAAAGAUGGGGUAUAUUCGAUAAGUGUCACUGAUAAGAAAAAGACAGUGUACUGUGACAUGACUACAGAUGGAGGGGGCUGGACGGUUAUUCAAAAACGACAGGAUAAUUCUACAGACUUUUAUAGGACUUGGGCAGAGUACAAGGAAGGCUUUGGAGACCCAUCCAAAAACUACUGGAUUGGGAACGAUGCAAUUCACUAUUUAACGAAAACAAACCAGGAACUACGAGUGGAGCUGCUGAGUUUUGAUGACGAGAAAGCGUACGCCCUGUACUCCACAUUUCAAGUUGGAAACGAGAGCAGUAAAUACCGGCUUACAGUAUCGGGGUAUAAUGGAACAGCGGGAGACAGUUUGAUGAACCACAUUGGACAAGAGUUCAGUACACAGGAUCAGGAUAAUGAUGAGUGGAGUAGUGGUAACUGUGCAGUGGACUGGCACGGAGCUUGGUGGUACUCUGCCUGUGCUUACACCAACCUGAAUGGACAAUACAGAGAGUCUGCUGUGUCUUGUGUCCAAUGUCCGUAUUGGGUAGAUUGGAAAUCUCAAACAGCGUUAAAAGGGACAGUGAUGCAGAUUCGACCGAAGAAUUAACAUCAAUAUAUACCUGCCUUAACAGAUCUAUUAACAUCAAUAUAUACCGCGCUUACAUGUAACAGUUCUGUUAACAACAAUAUAUACUACGCUUAACAAAUAUGUUAACAUUUAUAUAUACCGCGCUUAACAGAUCUGUUAACAUCAAUAUAUACCGCGCUUAACUGAUCUGUUGACAUCAAUAUAUGCCGCGCUUAACAGAACUGUUAACAUCAAUAUAUACUGCGCUUAACAGAUCUUUUAACAUCAAUAUAUACCGCGCUUAACAGAUCUGUUAACAUCAAUAUUUACCGCGCUUAACAUAUUUGUUUACAUCAAUAUUUACCGCGCUUAACAUAUAUCUUAACAUCAAUAUAUACCGUGCUUAACAGAUCUGUUAACAGCAAUAUAUACCGCGCUUAACAGAUGACGAAAUCAUGACCUGGACUUACUUAUUUAACAUCAGAUAUCUAUAAUGAUGAGGGAUAAUAAUGGACGGUUCAUACAAUGUGAAUAUCAAUGAAAUGAUCAUAAGUUUUACAUCCUAAAUGUUUAUUAAGUAGUGGACAGUAGCACACUGUGUAGAAUGACUGAGUUAACUGUAUAAUAUACUAUAUAUCAUAUAUUUAUAAGCAUAAGUCACUGAUUAAUAAACUCUGACAAAUGAUCAACACAUGCUAUGUACUACAUGGUCUGUAUUAGCUUGAUCAACACAUGCAUGUUUAUGGUGUAUUAUUAAUUCUCAUGAUAAAUGCGUGUACAUAGUGUAAACAUGUAUGUCAUUAAAUAGCUUCUUAAAGAAAUAGUUUGUAUUCCAGAUAAUAAUCAUCAUAAAUGUAACAGAGCAGGAAGGCAGAUGUUGGUUUCAUUAAUUUAUUCAGUAGAAAAUAAAGGCAUUGACCAACAAUAACAGAGAAAUAAUAUUACAAUGACCAAAUACAAAAGAGAAAACCCCGUAAUUGAAAUAUGAUAAUUGUAAAUUGUACCCACAGUAAACGUUUUAGAAGAAUAUAAAAAAAAUAUAUAUGUACAUGCGUUCCGUAAAUAAUCUAAAUUAAGAUCUUACAGACUAAUAUAAUCAUUACGACUUUGAAUGCAACAUAACAAUAAAGUAGAGAACUUUCAAUCAAAACAAUUACUUAGAUCAGCUCUUUAUAUAGAAAUAAAACAUAUACUUGAAUAUAGAAAUAACAUACCAUAAGAAGCGGAAGAUAUCAGCUGGUAAGUCAUCAAAACGUAAACGCAGUAGAUUUACACACAUACUGAUAGACUAUUAUUGGAUAAAGAAAUAUGAAUUGACCAAUGAAAUCACAGAACCAUUGAGAUAACAGAAAAAAGAAUUACUCAGCCAACUCAAUCCAGAUUCACAAUAGAACUUACGGUAAAUUGAAUUUUAAGAUUGUAUUUAAUAAAACGGUAAAUGAAAAAUGAUAAAACGAAUAACUACAUAUAGAAAUUCAUAUUUAUACUAUCACAUAAAGACAUAUCUUUUGAUACUGGUACCUAUUUUGCAUUGUAUACAGAUGAGUUAACGUAACCCGAAUUUUGUAGAGUUACAAAACGGAUGUUAAUUAUUUUCAGGGGUGGGUGAGUCGGGGGAGCAUUUAAUACCCCAGAGAGUAUUUCUCGCAAUAGAGUCACGUGAUCAUACCAGUCACACAGUCCGUAACAUUGACAUUUUGCAUGUUUUUGCCUUUAAUGUCUUUACAAAUUGUUAUGGUAUCCAUUUUUCAUGAAUGCUAUGCAGUUGUAAAACAAUGCGCGGAUGAAUCUUAACUUAUCAUUUGUGAAAUAUUUUCCCCUCAUUAAUGCUCAUUUAUCAUUGUGGUAUCAGAGAUGGGGCGAUUACAUUGUAAAUGUAAUUGAUUACGAUUACUUUGAAAAUCUAUGAUUACGAUUACGAUUACACAUAUUUUGAAAGUAAUUGAUUACAAUUACGAUUACUGUGAAAAGUAAUCAUGAUUACAUGAGUAUCAGAAGUCCAUGUCAUAAAUAUUUAUAGUGAAAGGUAGAUCUACUCAGAUGAACUGCUUAAUCUUCAAAGGAUUUUUCCAGUGAUCUAUGUUUGAAGUAUUAGUAUAAACAAAUCCACAGAAAAAAUGAAAGAUGCUAAUUAACAAUAGAGCACAGUAUAGUGAACUACUAAUUAGGAGUGAGCUCAUACUCAUUAAGUAACAAUAGAUCAAUGAGAUGUACAGUAAAUGAUACAGGGUAUACUAGUUCAGAUUAUUAAGUUUAAUUUAAACAGAUUUAGACCUUAGUUGCUAUUGAAUACAUGCAAAUACUGUAAGUAUAAUAUCAUAUAGAUAUGGAUAAAUCUUAUGAUGGCACACAUAACAUACAUAAGCUCUAACUGUUAUCUAUUAAAUAAUUAUUUUAUUAUAAAUAUAAAGUAAUCAUUGUAAUCAUUAUUGUAAUCAUAAAUUACGAUUACUUUGCCAAAGUAAUUGAUUACGAUUAUGAUUACUUUGCUUUAAAAACGAAUGUAAUCAAUUACGAUUACGAUUACUUAAAAAAAUGUAAUCGAUUGUAAUCAAUUACGAUUACUGAUUACGAUUACCCCAUCUCUGUGUGGUAUGGUGAUUUUCUUUCUGGUGAGAACAACAUGAUGCUUUUUGUUAGAUUUUAGACAAAUAUUCGUGAGACUGGGUGUUUUAAUUUUGCUCCAAGUCAAUAUUCAGGCAUUAAAUUGUAACAAUGUAAGGGAUAUGCAUUAUGGUAUUAUCAUGCUUUCUGUCUUUUUUCACACUUAUGAAUAUCUAAAUAGUCAUUUAUACAUAAUAUGACAUAUGUAAUUGUAUAAUAUGUAUUUCGUAAAUAAAUUGCUUCUGCACAAGUUCAA